AUGACGAUGAACGCGAUGACGACGGCACUGCUGUUGGCAGCCGCGUGCUCGUUGCUGAUCGACGUGCCGGCCGCGUCCGGUUACAGGGCGGUUCGCACUUCCGGUCCGCUACCGGUGACUGUGCACGUCCGGGCCGGCGGUGUAGUCGCCGGCGGUCCAGUGGCCAACAGGACUUCCGGAGUCGUCUUUCCGGCGUCUGUGGCGUCGUCGCCGACGACGACGACCACGACGACGACCACGUCAACGUCCACCGGGGCUAUAGCGUCAGCCGCCAACGCUGCCGCGGCCGCUGCCGCCGGGUUUACGUCGUUCUCGACCAGCAGCUCAGCUUCCAACCACACCGGUGCCCGGAACCAGACGAGAUCUGAGCGACUCAGAGCAAGGUGA